AAGGAAGCCGCCGUCCGCGGGCGCCCGGCUCAGUCUGUCUGCUCGCGCCAUGGCGUCAAGGUUACUGCGUGUGCGCGGCGCGCUGCGGGCCCUGCGCCGCCCCCCGCCCGGGCCGCUCCGCCCGCCCGGCCCCGCCCGCGGCCUGGCGGCUGGAGGUAUCCCCAGCGACGAAGAGCAAGCAACAGGGCUGGAGAGGAAAGUCAUGCAGGCCAUGGAAAAGGGACAGGAUCCCUACAACAUCCUCCAACCAAAGCGCUAUGCUGGGACCAAGGAGGAUCCCAACCUAGUCCCCUCCAUCUCCAGCAAGAGGAUCGUGGGCUGCAUCUGUGAAGAGGACAACAGCUGUGUGAUCUGGUUCUGGCUGCACAAGGGGGAGCCCCAGCGCUGCCCCUCCUGUGGUGCCCAUUACAAGCUGGUCCCCCACCAUCUGCCACACUGAGAGGGUGCCCUGACCCCCGCGGGACCCUCCUGUCUCUGCUCUGUGGGACCUCAGGCCGAGCUGCCUGCUGCUUUACAAUGUUGUGUUGUUUCUUGGAGCCAAUAAAGAGUUGGUGUGUUAAAGGUGUUGCCUCUA